AUGCGCAAACAUGGCACACAAACAAAGCUGAGACUUUGUUUUGCUGUUGAGAUUCGCGCGUGGAGUUGCGCAAGCCCAUUGGAGGCCAUUGACUCGGUGGACGUGCGCGGCCGCCAUAUUGACGGCGCGGGCACGGUAAUGGAGCGCGAAUCCAGCGCCUUCUGUUCCGCGCGCUUUCGUAACAUGUUUACACGCGGCGUCCGCCAUCGUGAUGCCAACUCCGGUUCAUAG